AUGACGCGUGAUGAAAGAAUACCGACCGCACUUAACAUAUUUGAAGAAGCCGAAGCUGAGUUAUAUAAUAUCUACAAUGAUUGGUUUGGAAACUGUAUAGGUGGUGGAGUUAUAGAUCAUGAACCAGAGAGUAAAAAAAUUAAAGUCUUUGGAUACUCUGAGGGAUUAGGCAGAGCUGAUCACGAACUUGCCAUUAGUAUAUUGAAGAAAAAAUAUACGGAUUACAAAAUGACUUGGUCAAACGAAUCAUAUUAAAAAUAUUCAAGAAAUGUUGGCAAAUUAUGAAUUUUGCAUUGUCUCUUAAUAUAAUUAUUUAUAAAAUCAUUUUUCUAUUAUAUCUUGUAUACUGAUGUGAUCAAACACGUGAAAAAAUAAAUAUCUAAC